UGGUGGAGUGACUGGAGCGCGAGGUUUGAAUGUGGUGUCGUUUCGUGUUCGGUUCAGUAGUGUAGUGUAGGAUAGAUUCACUUAACGUGUCAAGAAAAACAUUCAUAAAUACAUCGAAUUCUCUGUUGUUUUUUUUUGCAAAGGAGUUACAGAGAAAGGUGUGUGUUUGAGAUGAGUGCACCAGGGUAUGUGUCUGAUGAGGAGGAGUGUGUGUUGGAGUCGACGGCGGCUGAUCUGGGCAGUCACACACAUGCCAGACGACUCCAAGCUCCAAUUACAGAGCUGUCAGUCAUUGGAUCUGCAGAAACACACACCCAGCAGUUGAGCAGAGGUGAGCGCAUGGAGGAGAAGCUGCAGGUGUUUCUGCGUGUUCGUCCUCUUACAGAUGCAGAGAGACAGCGUGGAGAAGAUCAGGGCUCUGUGUGUGUGCAGAGUGAAGACACACUAAUCCUGAAGGCCCCUAAAGACUCCCACAGCAUGAAGAGUGCAGAGAGAGGAGUGUCACAUAGUGUACACAAGUUCACCUUCUCAAGGAUUUUCAGGGAAGCAGCAUCUCAACAGGAAGUGUAUGAUCAGGUGAUGAAGGAGAUGGUUCGGGAUGUCCUUCAUGGAGAGAAUCGGCUUCUCUACACGUACGGAGUGACAAACUCGGGCAAGACCUACACUAUUCAGGGCUCAGCAGGUGAAGCUGGUCUACUCCCUCGAGCUAUAGUCUCUGUGUUCACUGCACUGGCAGGACAGCUUUACCCCCAUUCUGACCUGAAACCCAUUCUCAAGCAGGAGGUCCGCCGACUCAGUGAUACAGAGGUCCGCACCGAGGAGGACAAACGCAACGCUCUGCUGCGAGAGGAGGAGGUGUGUAGGCAACGUGGGGGUGCUAGUGCAAGUAUUAGUUGGGACAGUGGGAUCAGUGGGCUUUCAGCCAUCACACGACUGGAAGACUCAGACGGUGUGUGUGUGGACAUAGACGGAGUGGCUGUUGGUGAUGUCACUGUGGAUAAAACGCUGCAGUACAGCGUCUGGGUUUCAUUUUACGAGAUUUAUAACGAGUUUGUUUAUGAUCUGCUGGAACCACCUAUGUCUCAUCACAAACAGAAGAGGAAUACACUGAGGUUGAGUGAUGACAAGCAUGGCAACGUCUAUGUCAAAGAUCUGACCUGGGUGAAUGUACGCAGUGCUGAUGAGGCAUGGCGAGUGCUCAUUGUCGGGCGGAACAACCAGAGCUUUGCCAGCACACACCACAACCACAAUUCCAGCCGCAGUCACAGUGUGUUUACUGUGAGAUUGCUGCAUAUCCAGCCAGAAGCGGGUGGCACACACAUCAGCGAGUUGUGUGUGUGCGACCUGGCUGGUUCUGAGCGCUGUAAAGAUCAGCAGAAUGGAGAGCGGAUGAAGGAGGCGAACAACAUUAACACUUCUUUGCUCACACUGGGACGUUGCAUCAGCGCAAUGAGACACAACCAGACUUAUAGGCAGCGCCCGGCGCAGGUCGUCCCUUUCCGAGACAGUAAACUAACCCGAGUACUGCAGAGUUUCUUCUCGGGACACGGACAUGCCUGCAUGAUGGUCAACAUUAAUUCCUGCAGUUCCAACUACGAUGAGACACUGCAUGCCCUUAAGUUCUCUGCCAUCGCAACACAAUUGGUCCAUGGUCCUGCCUCUAAGAGUCGAGUGGCCUACAUCCUCUCCAUGCUGCGUGAUGACUUGGCCCAUGCGGACAACACCCUGAUGGAGGAGGAUGAAGAGAGUGAUGAAGAGGAUGAUGGCAUAUUCGAGCCUGAGGCUCUGUUAAAGGCGAUUAAUAUUUUAAAACGAGAGGUCCUCCGUCAGCAGCAAGAGAAAGACGAGCUGGAGCUGAAAAUCAGGGAGCAGGUGUUUACAGAGAUGAUGGAGGUCAUCAACCGUAUGCAACUUGAUUUCAGUGAGACGAUGGAGAACGAGCGAGAGCUGAUGGAGACUCGGUGUGAGAACAAAAUCAACAACCUGAAGAGCAGCUUAAAGAACUACUACAGUCAGCAGCUGGAGGAGAAAGAUGAUCAGAUCCAAGAGCUCAGUGCAGCCCUGAGAGAAAAUGAGGGACGAAGUACAGCUUCUAUUUUUCCGUCGCUGGUGGACUGUGACGGACCUCGGCGAUCUCGGCGCAUAGCUUCAUCACACAAUCGCAGCAGCCAGCAUGAAUAUGCAGAGUUGGAAAGCACCAAAGCUGAAUUAGCACAAGUUAAAGCUGACCUGGAGCAGUGCAGAGCUGACCUUGAUCUCAAACAAACAGAGCUUACACUCAAAACACUUGAGCUGAAGCGUUUUCAGGAUCAUCCAGGAACCUCAAGCCUCACUGCAACUGCAGAGCGCAAACUCCUUGAGGGACAGAAGACUCUGAGGCAGUUACGUGCUGAUCUGCAAACUCUGGUGUUGAGGCUGCAGUCUGGAGAGCGAGCGUGCUGUCAUUAUACUGAUGGAGAAAAGCUCCGCACAGCCCUUAACACCGCUGACUCAACACUCAUCAAACAGGAUCAGAUGCUGAUGGAGCUUCAUUCGACUCUGCAGCUCCUUAAAGCUCAGUUACAUCCUAAAGAUGAGACUCGAGCAGAUCUUAAACGACCUUUCACCCCUUCUAGCCCUGUAACCCCUAGCUCCUGCAGUAGGCGGGGCUGUGGUGUUGCUGUGGCAAUGGUGGAGAACCAACCACCGGGCAAGCGAGCAUUCCUGCGUCUCUUCACACCAUCACGUAACAGAAAAAUGCCUCAACAAAAAGCAGAUACCUCAACACCGUACGCCCGCAUACUGCGCUCACGCCAACCCUCUCCCCCACCUACCCCCACCCUCACACGCAGGGGCAGGUUCUAAAGACACCGACCCCACUCCUGAUUGUUCUGACAUUUUAUUAAAGAGUUGCAUGUCAGUUGUUACUUCACAACCCUAAUCCCAUUCUACUGUUUUAAUCUUGCACAACAAUUAUAGGGCUAAUUAACACCUCACUCUGUCUGGGUUGAAGUAGGUGUACAGAGGGUUCUCCAGGACCAGGGUUGGGAACCUGUGCCUGUAAAGCAGAAUGUUUAAUUAGCCAAACUUUGCAGAUUACAGAGCUGCACGUUUUUCCUGUACAUACGUGUUCUAAACUGUACAUUGCUGUCACAUAUCGAGAAUUCAUUAUACUGUUAACUAUUAUUCAGUUUGCUGUUAAGCCUUACUUACAGUAACAAUCUGUUCAAGGAUUUCCUUAAUUUACUACUCAUUCACUGCUCAUUAGUGCCAUGCUACUAAAGGUAAAUAUUACAAUAUUUUGUAAGAUUUUGUAUCCAUCAUCACUUUUUAUUUAACAAUUUAACAACAAUUUUUAUUUAAUCAUUCAUCUGCUUCAUUGACAGAUUAUUGGUUUAUUAUUUAAAGGAUUUUAAAUUCUCUACCAAAAAAAACCCACCCAGUUAAGACAUUAAUAAAUCAGCUGUGGCUAAUCAGUGACUAAUGUGACUUUUAAUGUAAAGUUUGAACUAAACUUUUAUUCCACAUAUAUGGCCAAAUUGAUUUUGUCUCUGGAGUAAAAAUGUGUUCAAUAACAUUUAAAGUUUUAUCGACACAGCACAGUUUGUAUUGUUCUGUAGAAUAUCUUUAAGAGAUUAGCACAAUUAGCCUAGCAUUAUGUAUGUACACUUUUACACAGGGCAUCCUCGAGGCAUUUUAUACCUUUUUAUUUUGUAAUAUUGCAAUGAACCAUUUUUGUAUGCUGCCAGUCAUGUGUAUGGUGUGAUUUAUAUAUUGGUUAUAUAGCAAUUACACAGUCAUACGAUAAACCUGUAUUCAAAUUUUUAUGCACAUGUUUGAGUUCUGUAUAAAAAGAUUGCUGUGGAUUGAAUAAAACACAUUCACAGAUAA